GUCGAAGCGAAACAUCAUGUUCGGACGGCAGCGAUUUCUGGCGACCCUGUCGCUCGAGUUGCUGCCGUUCUUGUUAUCGAGUUUUGCCGUCGAACCGAUCGCUUCGCCCGAUUCCAUCCUCAUACGACCGAUCGCCGUUUAUCAGAGUCUGAUCAAAGGGGUCCACGAUUACUUUAACAACACUUGCGUGAUACUCCUUCGCGGCUCCUCGAGACCGAUAGAAGAGGAAGGAAUGGAACAGUUGGACGGAUUGCUGGCGCUUCAGAGGUAUUUCAGCGGCUCUUUGAACAUACGCACAGCCAUCAUGGAUUUUCAGAUGUUCAAGAAUCGAGUGGGGAAAACUUAUCGUCAGAUCAAGAGGCCGUUGUUCGUGUUGCUGAACGAUCUGGAGGAGACGAAACAGCAAUUCGUUUUGGUUUCCAAGUGGAUCGGAAUGGCCUAUCCGACGUGGUUGCUCUUUCUCAGGGACGAGAGCAAUGUCGAGGAGGUUUUGACGAACGUUUACGUGCCGUUCGACUGUGUGCUGAUGGUCGCCCAGAGGAACACCGAAGGAGCUGGUGAGAUCAUUCGAGACGUGUAUCGAAUCGGUAAAGAAGACCGGUUGAGAUGGAUGACGUUUGGCACGUGGAACGUUACUCAUGGAUUUCGAGGCCCUCUUCUCGGAUUAUAUCAGCGACGCCACGAUUUAUAUGGACAGAACAUAAGGGUGGUGGUCAUUGAGGAUCCUCCUAUCUCGCGAAUCGUCCGGAACGAGACGAGCAACCAGACGAUCGGUGUCCGAGGCUUCUUCGGGGAGGUGCUUCAGCUGUUGCAGGAAGGAAUGAAUUGCACAUUCACUUACGAGGAGGCUUCCUGGGGCGUGCGGCUGCCGAACGGCACCUGGACGGGCUCGAUCAGGAUGUUGUUAGAGGACGAGGCGGAUUUAGCGGCCACCGAACUGAUGAUGACGUCCGACAGGCUGGACGCUGUGAAAUUCACCACGCCCGUUUAUUCGACCAAAUGUCGCGUGUACAUCAAGAGACCAGACUCGAAGGCGGUCAAGUGGAACACGUAUUUCGCGCCAUUCGCGUCCAACAUUUGGAACGCGAUCGCGAUAACGAUCGUGCUUACCACUCUCGCGAUCGCCGGGAUCGAGGGAUUCUCCUCGAGGACCAGCGAAUUUCCACCUUCUCCGUUCCGACUGUCCGAGAUCGUGUUCCUGGUGUUCGGCGUGUUUUGCGGGCAAGGUAUGGAACCGUCUUCGUUGGAUCCGAUCAGGCUGGUGCAUCUGAGCAUUCAUCUGACAGCGGUGGUAGUGAUCGCCGCUUACUCGGCGGCGCUGAUCAGUUAUCUCGCGAUCAAGACGUUCGUGAUGCCGUUCACCACGAUGGAGGGUCUGUUGGUGGACGGUACAUAUCGAUUCGCGGUGGUCGCCGAUUCGGCCGAUUAUAGCUUCUUCCAGAACACCACCGAUCGCAUCCUCAACGUCAUGUUUGAGGAGUUGUUGACUAGGGAAACCGAUCUUCCGGCCAAUUACCUGGACGGUUUGAAACGCGUUUGUACGGAAAGCAAGUACGCGUUUAUGACACUGGACAACAUGGCAGCGGUUCUAAGAGGAAAAGUGGACUGCGCUUUGGAACCUCUGGACGUGAUGAUGCAGACCACGAUAGCAAUGGCGGUUCCGUCGCAGAGUCCCUACCGUGGAAUCAUCGACACUAACAUUCUUCUGCUGCGAGACAGCGGAAUUCUUCAGCGGUUGCUCAAGACGGAAUGGUCGACAAACGAGUACACGACGAAAACGGGCUGGACGUCGGUGGAACUGCAGGAGGCGACGCCGCUGCUCGUGUUCAUGCUGCUGUCGUUUCUGGUCGCGGGUAUGGCGCUGAUGGUGGAACGAAUGGUUCGCCGCGAUCGCGAGAGAAUUCGGGUGGUCGCGACGCGGCAACAGGCGGCUAAUUAG